AGUUUUUAAUAAAAGAACUAUUAUGGCCGUCUUAUUGCUCUCUGCCGCUAUAUAAAGUGGUGCUUGGUGUCUACACAUCGCUGGCGAAUCUUGGAGCCGUUGAGAGCUCCGAAAUACCGGCUAUAUUGAGAUAGGCCUUGCUAGAAUCAGAUCAAAAUGAAUAUUCUGCUCGUGAUCACCAUACUGUCAGUCACACUACACUGUUACCACUGCGCCUCUGAUAAUGCCAAAGUGGUUAAACCGAACCAAUUGAGGAAAGAGAAAUUGACAGACUAUGCCAAAUAUAUCGACAGACACAUGGCGCUUAUAGUGUCGCUAAAAUCUCCUGUUAUAAAGAGUCCAGAAGUUUCAAGCGGCAGGCAGGAUGACAUUCUGACCAAUCCGUACAGCCAAGAGACCGUUUUAAAGAAUUUAGAACAGAAAAAUCAAUUCAAGAGUCCAAGUUCCCAAAACGUCGUGCUGAAGAGAGGGCUUUCUACUUCUGAUAGAUAUGUGUACAGAAGCCUGACCAGUGGUAAAAGUGGGGUCAAGCUACUGUACGGCGAGCCUCUAAGUGAGAGGCGAAAGAGGGCGGUUCAAAACUUCACAAUCCGAUGGGACAACGUGGUACCAUAUGUCAUUGACCCGAGCUAUUCAGGUCAAGCUUCAGGGGCGUACUACGUCACCGUACUGAAGCGAGCCAUCAAGUACAUCAUGGACCGAGUGUGCGUCACAUAUGUGGACGAGACCGCAAGGUGGAACUCCAGUGUCCCCAACUGGUUCACGUUGAACGGAUACAAGAAUAACGGCUUUUUAAAAGUGGCACUGGGCACAGGCUGUGCUGCUGAUGCAGGACCAGGCAAUGGAAACCAGAGCAGAAUUAUCUACCCUUGUAGUGACUACUACAUUAAUAUUCAUGAAUGGCUACACACACUGGGCGGAGCUCACGUGCAGCAAGGACCAAUCAGAAACAAUUACAUCUCCGUCAAUUACGAUGACAUCACGCCAAGUUUACAGUACUCGUACAACGCCUAUUACUGGACCUCGACGUCUUACAACUCAGUGAACUAUUUCUUUGACCCAGCUUCAGUUCUGAUGUACGACGCAGGGACCUGGUCCAGAAACUCCCUGGAGACGUACACGCCCAUCAGAGAUGACAUCUUCCAGCCAAACUUUUCUCCUUCUACUGAUGACGUCAAUUUCUUGGAGCUUAACCAAGUUUUCCAGUGCAACGCACUCUUCUGUGGCAAUGUUAGCGUGGACUGUGGACUUGGCUACUACGCACUUUAUAAGGGUGUGUGUCGAUGUGUUUGUCCUGGAGAGUAUGACCCAGCUACCAACUGUCAGACCUUAUUAAACGGACCAUCAACUGUAGUGUCAUGGCCUAACACUCCCAUUGUCCUUAUUGCUGGAGGUCCGAACAACACCUGCCCUACAGGCUUCGACCAGACCCCUGGCUGGUUUUCUUUCACCGGAAAUUCGUCUCUGACUCAGUCCACUGCCGCUCCACCAGUGAAGUUCCCUGUGUCCGGCAAGACCCAUUUCACUCCCCUCUGCACCAAAAGCACCCCCGCCAAUCCCACGGCUGCCGACUGGGAGUCAUGGCCAGGAGGUGGACAGUACUGCUUCAUUAAACCUUUGAACGUGAACUGUGGAGGAGCAUUCAUCCAAGCUGGAGCUGAGUUUCGCUCCUUGGCUGCUGUUACCACCAACGGCAGUCUUGGUGAGACUUACUACAACGCCACGUCAAUGAACAUCACCCAGUACUACUGCUGCAGGUACCAAGAGGGGACCACCUUCCCCAUAGAUCUACCCAAUGCUGAUCCGUUCAGACUCUUUAUCAGGGGCACCAGCUGUCCUGUUAUCAGAGGAUUGAAAAGUACCUACACGAGAUUGAAUUUGUGGACUGGAAUCAAUAGAGAAAUUGUGACCUCCAAGUCUCCCUUCUGGAUGUACAGCAACGCCAUGACUACAUUCCAGUGUUACUAUCAACCUCCAGUCUACGGGUGUAAUCAGGUGAUAACUCUUGACGCUAAUGUGAGAUCGGCCACUGUUACUACCCCUGGAUUUCCAACAGCAAGAACCCCGAACAGACGCUGCUUUUAUUCUUUCAAUGUUCCUGCCCAGUCCCAAAUUCUGAUCACUUUCAACACCUGUGACCUGAGCACCACCAACGAUGACACGAUCAUUAUCAAGAGGUACCACCAAUGGCAGGAAGGUCUCAAGCUCGACGUAACGAAUUGUCCAUCUCAGGUUCUGAGUGUCAAGGAUUACUUGAACAUUGAGUACUGGUCAGGGUUUGAUACUGUCACCAACAAGGGACUGAACUUCACAGCUACAGUAAUACUACCGUCUGACCAGUGCUAUGACGUUAGCGUUAACGGCGCCGACUACAUCGGAGAUACCCGAGUUACGGAAACAUACGAGCCUUGUCUUCCAUGGACCCAAACCAUGGACUGUAAUGACUAUCCCUCGAGUGAAGCUUUUUACCUAGGACAGUCUGAUAACAAAUGCAGAAAUCCUUCCGGGGCCUUGCUCCAGCCCUGGUGUUACACAUACAAGAAUGGAACCAACUGUAACAAACGUUACUGUGACGUCUGUAACAUAAAAGCUCCAAUAGACAUCUUGAAAAAUUGUGCCGCUCUAAUCAGCGCAGACUCGACCUUCUGUUCUACCAGCUACCAGAGAUUAGGCUGCUUCAAGUCAUGUGGUCUUAGCCAGGUCACUCCACCAUCUGGCACUUGUGCACCGCCGACCAUCCCAUCUGAUGGCCUGUUGGUCAGCACACUAAAGUCAUCGUAUCGAGUUGGAGAGAGAGCGGUCAUCAGGUGCACCCAAUUCACAGGAAGCACCGACAAUGUGAUCACGUGCACGCCAUCUGGUUGGACCAACUUGACCAAGGCUUGUAUAGAUUGUCCUUAUGGAUGGGUCAUCUACGGUGACAGAUGCUUCAGGUACUUCCCCUUCCUCAGAAACUACACCGCAGCGCAAAGUUACUGUGCGCUCUAUGGUUCAUCUGGAGUUCUGUUUGAAGUCCGCGACGUCUCAGAUCAGCAGACGAUUAGAAAUUACAAACUUUUGAUGGGAAGCAGUUAUUAUGCAGCCAACUUUAUCAGUGGACGUCUGGACAGUGGAACGGGAAACUGGCUGUUCUCUGAUUCUAACGCGCCAAUGAGCUACUACAACUGGUCCAGUUCUAAUGUUACAAAAGACAGCACCAGUGACUGCAUCGUACUUCUAGCUGAGAAUGAUAUCAACUAUCCUGGGGGCUGGACCACAGUAGACUGUGAAGGGACAAACACCUCUAGAUUUAUGUGUCAACUGGACAGGGCUGGUUUAUGCAUCGACCUUAUUGAUAACUGUGAAGCUUUGAUGACAACCAACCCAGGUUUCUGCUCAGGAUCGCAAACAUCAUUAUAUUCUGAUUUGUAUUGUUCAAAAUCGUGUGGAGAUUGCCAAGGUUCUAUAUUGCCUUCUAGUAAAAGUCUGCCCAAUUGCACUGCGCCAACGAGCAGCUCUUACUCCAGGACCUCAGCUCUUGCCAGCGUGUAUCCGGGCGGCUUCAUGACGUUCGAGUGUAACGCGGGCUAUUAUUACAUCUCCGGGGACAAGAAAAGAGCUUGCUCCUCCUCAGGGACAUUGCUGGGGUCAGAGCUUGUAUGUCAAACAACUCCCAUAGCAACAGAUAUUGGACUGAACAAUGUGAUCAGAAGACUGACCACUGUCACUCUUAAACAGGUCAUAGUACUGGAUAAAACUGGACUCAGGGUACCUUUCAACGGAAAGAUCGUAGCUUGGUAUUACUACUGCAAGAAAGCUGGCCUCGUCUCAUUCCUGGUGUAUAGGAAGACUGGAACGUCGUACACUUUUGUGGGGGCCAACAACGUAACCUGCGACGCUGACUUCAAGCUGUCCACCAAAGUCGACGCCGCCAGCCAGAUCUCCGUGCUGACCGAUGACGUCAUAGGGGUGUACACUACCGUGGCCAGCCUGGCCGCCUCCGACUGCUCUACCUCCGAUAAGAUCUGCAACUACCCCUCCGUGGCCGCCGCCUCCUGGACCGAAGUGCAGACCAAGGCUAUCAGCACUACCAGCUGCAUGUGUUUGUCGUUUGGAGCCAGAGUCUCGCCAAGUUGAGCUUUGAUAUUACCACUAUUCACCAUUCCUGACAUUGAGACUAAUUUUUGAUGAAAUAAAAAUUUUAAAAUAAAAAAAAAAUUGUUAACCCA